AUGAGCAAUAGGCAAUUUUCAGUGGAAGAAGUGGCAAAACACGACAAAGAGGGUGAUAUAUGGGUGAUUAUCGACGCCAAUGUUUAUGACCUUUCCAGGUUUUCUGGUAUGCACCCCGGGGGACUUUCUGUACUUUUGGACGAAGAAAUAGCUGGCAAAGAUGCGACAGAACACUUCUUCAGUCUUCACCGGCACGAAAUCCUUGAAAGGCCUCAGUAUAAACGUCUGCAAAUUGGUACUGUCAUCGGUCAAACACCUCAAAUUUUUGCACGCAAUGCUGGGGAAAUCAGCAAAGUUCCAUAUGCUGAGCCAACAUACCUUACUCCCGGAUACUAUAGUCCUUAUUACAACGAAUCCCAUCGUAAGUUACAAUUUGCCUUCCGCAAAUUCGUCGAAGAUGUUCUUGUUCCCGAUGGACAAAUCCACGAGGAUGAUGGCAUAAAACCAGAACAAAAGAUUUUCCUGGAAAUGGCAAAAUACAACAUCAUUGCUAUGAGAUUAGGUCCUGGCCCACAUUUACAGGGUCUCAAGCUGUUGGGAGAUGUUAAACCGGAAGAGUUCGACAGUUUCCAUGAUCUAAUUAUGGCACAGGAAUUGUCUCGAGUGCAUUCUCGUGCAUAUAUCGAUGGCUCAGGGGGCGGGACUUACAUUGGUCUUCCUCCCAUUGUGAACUUUGCGAAGCCUGCUUUGCGGAAAAGAGUUCUUGAAGAUGUUUUCUCGGGUCAGAAAACGAUUUGCUUGGCCAUCACUGAAGCCUUUGCAGGAAGUGACGUAGGCGGGUUGAAAUGCACCUCUAAGAGGGUGCCUGGCGGGUUUGUCGUCACUGGAACGUGGAAAUGGAUUACCAACGGCACAUUCGCUGACUAUUUUACCACGGGGUGCAGAAGUGAAAAAGGUGGACUCAACGCUUUGCUGAUAGAACGGGGACCCGGAGUCGAAACCAAGCCGAUCAAGACAUCGUAUUCAGCCACAGCAGGUACUGCCUACGUCACCUUUCAUAAUGUCUUCGUCCCAGAAGAGAAUCUACUGGGAGAGGAAAAUGAUGGCCUCCAUGUCAUCCUUAGUAAUUUCAAUCACGAGCGAUGGGGGAUGUGUUGCGCAAACAUCGCCAGUCAGAGAUUGGUCGUCGAAGAAUGCUUGAAAUGGGUGUCGCAACGUAAGGUGUUUGGUAAACCACUUAGCUCGCAAGCUGUAAUUCGGUCCAAACUUGCCUCUAUGAUCUCGAGGGUUGAGAGCGCUCAGAGCUGGCUCGAGAAUGUUACUUACCAAAUGUCAAAAAUGAAAUAUAAAGAGCAGGCUAUUUACCUAGCAGGUCCCAUCGCUCUAUUGAAGAGAUUCACCACGCAGGCUGCCCAAGACACUGCUCGGGAUGCCGUUCAGAUAUUUGGGGGACGUGGUAUCACCAAGACUGGCAAGUCAUCACCAAAAUUGCAAAAAUGCCUACUCACAGCUUUUUAG